AUGAUUUCGUAUUUCUUUAUUGUGAUAAUAUUUCUUCCAACUAUCGACGUAGCAUUUUACGAAGCAGAUUCAGAUAAUUCAGAAUGUUAUGAUGACGAAGAUAGUACUUCAAAUGUGACCACAACUACCCAAGGACCAACUGAAACCUAUACAUUUCCAUCAACAACUGCAUUGAAUAGUUAUUGGAGAUGUGACCAAGGGUUUAGAAUGUUCAAGCGAACUCUAGGAUAUUGGUGCAUUAUCGAUUAUUCAAAUUAUACUAUCUAUCCCAAUAACAUAUAUUUCAACAGAAUGCAAGGACAUGAGUAUUGUUCAGAAUUAUAUGGUGGAAUUCUAACCGGAAUCGCAUCCACCGAAGAAAGAAAUGAAAUUUUUAGUGAGAUAUUUAUUGCGCUUAUGAUAUACAGACCUCUUUACGUUUACAGCUUGGAUGAACAGCACUUACGGACCAGAUGGAGUACUCUUUGUUGGAGCUCAAAAAUAUUCAACUUGUCGAGAUGUUAACAGUGUCAAUUUCACAAGAAGAUGCGUUGAUGAUAACGCAUUUUUCUACUAUAACGCUACUUAUCAAUUUUUGCCAGAAGACGAUGCGGAUUAUGGUUGGGCAGAUAAUUAUCCAACCAAUCCUAAUAACGCAGCUAAUGAAGAUUUAAUUUAUGGCGUAUUCAACAAUAGCGCAAAAGGUGUCACUGAUGUUAUGUGAGUGUUUUUUUUAUAUCCAGAUACCCAGUGAUAAACAUUUCAAACUUUCCAGUGGAAAUGAUAGGCGCGCAGGAGCUUUAUGUGGAAAACCAGCUGUGGAGGUGUUUUUUUGA